GCACGCCGGGCAAACGCGGCGUCGCCUCGCGAGAACUCCGCUCGCUCCGCGCCAUCACUUAGUGCUGGCAACAUGGCGGACGCGUCGGGGCUUCGUCUCGCGAGAGUUCCGCGCCAAUACUUAGUGCUGGCAAAAAUGGCGGCCGCGCCGGCGUCGCUCCGCGAGCGAUAUGGGCGCGGCCUCCAGGGGACGAGCCGAGGCGCCGGACGCCCGUUCUCGCGGCCGCGUUUCGCCGUGGCGCCGUGCGGCCUCGCCUGCGGCAGCGGCGCUCCGAGGGCCGUGCCGGGAGCCGGGAUGCGGCCGCCUGAGGCCUCCCAGCCCCUCGGGCCGCCCGCCGGGGCUCCCCGUUCCCGCAGGCUUCGAGGGAAGGCCCGGCGGGGCGAAACCCCUCAAAAAAAAACGCGGAGCGGGAGAAGCAGCGCCGGCUGCGGCGCUCCGGGCCCGGCGGAGCCGAGGAAGGCCCGGCCCUCGGCCCCUCCCCGCGGGCCCGGCCCCGCCCGGGUGAGGCCGCCGCGCCCGGCCCACCUGUCCGACAGGUUGGAGCUGAGGCGGCUCGGAGCGCUCCGCAGGCCGCGGCCCCGCCGCCCUCAGCUCCGCUCCGUGGUGAAGCCAGCGGGGAUGGGAGCCUAAUCUUGUCCCGACACCCCGAGAUACGGGAGAGCUGCUUCCCGACGCCUGGCAGCACUGAGCCCGCCGCCCCAUGGCUGCUGCCGACCCCACGCUGCCCCUGGAAGAGGUGGCUCUGCUGGAGUUGGGGAAGGCGGCCUCCCCCGAUGAGGAUCCUCUGGCCCCAGAUGACCAUCGUGGGGAUCCUGAUGCCACCCUGCUGUGGGACCAGCGCCAGCACGGCGCAUGGGGGCAGCCGGAACCCACAGAAACCAAAAGGCGCUCGAGCCCUGAGGGGGCCCGUGAUGACCCUGAAGAGGGAACUCCUGCCUGCCCCCCCCCUGAGGCUGAUGGGGAGGAAGAUCCCGGGCUUCCCGUGAUGGCACCGCACGUCUGUGUGCCCAUUGACCUCCACUGCAUCGAGCGGACACCCGAGGAGCGGAAGAAGCAGCAGCCCACCCCGCAGCCCCGGGAGGAGGGCAGGGGGGGCUGCGUUCCCCCCAGGGACGGACCCAACAGCAUCCUCCCAAAGCAGGCACUCCUCCCUGCUGGCCCCUCGCCUUCCCGGGUCCCGCUGGUCUUUGAGGGGCAAGCAGCCAAGCUGCCAGCCGAGGGGCUGCAGUGCCCCUGUGCUGGGGUCUGCAGCACCGCCGCCCUCAAGGCUGUGGCCUCGGUGGUGGGGGCUCUGUUCCUCUGCCCCUGCCUCAUUUAUGGUGCCUACGUCUUCCUGCCCUUCGACGCACCGCUCCUGCCCACCAUCAGCACACGGCUGGUGUACACACUGCGCUGCGCUGCCUUCGCCACCGUCCCCAUCGUCCUGGGGAUGAUCGUCAGCGGCAUCUCACGCCUCUGCUCCUCAGCACUGGAGCCCUUUGGAAAGCUGCAGCGGGAGGUGGAGAUCCAUCGGACCUACGUCUCCCAGUCUGUCCACCUCUUCAUCCUCUACUUUUUCAACAUGGCCGUGCUGGCCACGUACCUCCAGCAGGAGCUCCUCAAGCUCAUCCCCCUCCUCACGGGCCUCUUUGCCAUCUCCCGGCUGACCUACUGGCUGUCCUACGCCUUCGGGCGCUCCUUCCGUGCCUUCGGCUUUGCCAUGACCUUCCUGCCCCUCCUGGCCAUGCUGCUCUGGAACCUGUACAACAUGUUUGUCCUGGAGCCUGAGAACCUCCUGGCCGUGGCGACAGCGAAGCCCGAGGAGAGCUCCCGGCAGAGCAGACUGCGGUACUGGGGCUGAGCAGCUGCGGGGGGCUGAGCCCUCCGUGCCAGCCCUGGGGUGGGUGGGGGGCAGAUCCCAGGGCUGCACUUCUUCCUUGGGACUCCCAGCACACCUCACAUGAGGUGGGGAGCAGAAGGACCGUUGACUUCAGGACGAGGGGGGCAGGCGCUGCCAGACCUCCUCCUGGGACUAAUAAAGCCCUUUAGCUGAA